CCGAGAUAGGCCUGCAUCACCAAUUUUGCGCAGAAGCGAGAAGGUCGCGCGGUACAAACGCCCACUCUUUUCAAGUAUCUAUUCCUUCCUUUGACACAGCCGUCAUGCCCUUUAAGAAGGGUGGCGGCCACCACAAGGGUCGCAAAGGCACUCGCAUCUCUCUCAGCGCAGCCCGUACACCAACACCAAAACAUGUAGCAGAUCAAUCUGAUGAGGAGAUGGGCGAUGGCGACGCUGGAGAGGAAGAAUUGCAGGAUGCGAUCGGCUUGGAAGAAGCCGAAGACAAUGCCGCGACCCCUGUAGCAGACGAAGAUGAGGAGGAAGAAGAUGAGGACGAGGAAGACGAGGAUAACAGUCCACCAAAGAUUACAUCAAUCCCACGCAGAAGAGGUCGUGGAGGACGACCGCGCUCGCGCAUACAGAGCAACAAUACUCCAGAACCAGGCGACGGCAGCGAAUCAGGUACUCCCAUGCGCCGGAGAAGAGGACGGCCACCAGGGUCAGGUCUUGGCAGAGGAAGAGGAGGUUUCCGAGGUCGACGGAAAGGUCAAGCACCGGAAACUCCACGCUUCAUCGUCGACAAGGAAGGUAAUCAGCUGGACGUCGUUAAUGAUGAAGCGCAAGUCGACGACGAUCCGGAGGGCAAUGAUAAGGUCGAUAGUUCUGGUCACCUCCAGGGUGGCCGCGAGUAUCGAGUGAGGACAUUCACCAUCAUGGGUCGCGAGGAUCGUCUGUACAUGCUUUCCACCGAGCCGGCCCGAUGUUGCGGUUUCCGAGACAGCUACUUAUUCUUCACCAAGCAUCCCAAGCUCUUCAAGGUGUUGAUUGGAGAAGACGAAAAGAAGGACCUGAUUGAGCGCGACAUUUUACCGAAUAGCUACAAAGGACGAAACAUUGGUGUCGUCACGGCGCGAUCGGUAUUUCGUGAAUUCGGCGCACGAAUCAUCGUCGGAGGUCGCCGGGUCAUCGACGAUUACAAGGUUGCCGAAGCGCGGGAAAACGGCGAGGCUGAGGGAGAGCUUGCAGAUCCGGACGACAUCGUGCCAUCCAACAUUGCAGACUACAACCGCAACCGCUAUGUCGCAUGGUUUGGAGCAAGCGAGGUUUACCGAACGCAAACGAUCGGCGGUGCUGCCCAGGUCGGCAAGCAAAGUGUUCUUGGCAAGCGGAGGAACAAUGUCACUCUUGAGAAUUGGCAGUUGCUUCAUGCGAAAGAGGCAAGUCGCUUCAAUUCGACAUUGUCAACAAUCCGGCAGAGCAACCUGGACGGGGUGUACGAUAACAAUACCAACAUGAUCUUUUACCCGAAGAUCAUGCAACCAACACACGCAGCUUGGGAGCAUGUGGAACCCGUUUCAGCGCGCCAACAAUCAGCGACCCCGUCAACAUUUGCUCACCUAAAUGGGACUGCAUCGACGAAUGGCAAUGUACAUCAUGAUCAACACGACGACGCGAUGCAUACGGACAGCACAGCUGCACAACCGCUGACGUCAACCAUCUUUUCAGAAGUCCCCGCCGUCGUCGCGCGAAAUUUCACCGUCAUGGACAUCGUGUAUCAAGCGCCUCCAAUCGACGGUGCCAGCGAACCUGGACCGGAUGGACUCAUGGAUGCCUCGAGCUUCGGACCGAGCGGACUUAGUGGCAUAGGCCAGGAACUCAUUGACGAGUUACCUGCAGACUGCCGCGCCGCCUUCGAAGCCGCGCGCAGCACCGAGAGUCGAUGGCGACAACAAUGGGGUACAGAGGCUCACAGUAGUCAGCGGGGGAGUUUGAAGAUUGGUUUCAAUGGGUAUCCUGUUUGACGUGAUCCGGGCGUUGGGCGAAUAAGGCGUUUGAUAGGAGGGGUUUGAUUUUUGUGUUUUUGCUUUUCGUCUUUUCUGGGGCUUUUCUUAAGGGGCACACACAUCAACGUCUGCUGACAUAUCCUGUCUUUCUUCGCGAUGCUACUGUGAUCAACUGCGUUGCGGGGACUUGCAACAUCAAUAUGGGGGCUGGUUUGGUGGACUUCUGUUUGUGAUCUUUUCCCUGGCCAUCCUGCACGUGUCAGUCAUUAGUGUGUAACAAUAGCAUCUUGACAGCAGAUAUGAGGAGGCUAAUAGACGAAUGCGAAAGUUUUUGAGAGGU